GCCCGGAAGACCAUUGGGCGCUGCUGUGGAUGUGAUCCCGGGAGGGUUGCCGGAGUAACGGUGCAGCUUUUGGGCUCCGUUGUGUCACGAGGGUCGGGCGAGCGUCACGUGGAAGCCCAUUUCCCAGACGAGCGUGGCGAAGUCGGGGCCACGUGAGUGCGCGCGCCGCCGGACGGCGGGGAGAGGGGGCCCCGGAGAGCUGGGUCCCCUCUGCGGGGGUCCACCGCCGGGAGCGGUGUGGCUUAGGGAUGAGCCACCUGACAUCUGCAGAGAGCCCUGGAGGCCGUCGGUCAGAUUCACGCCUUUGGAAAGGCCCGUGUCUUCCAGGAUGGACUUCCCCAGCUCCCUCCGCCCCGCGUUGUUUAUGACCGGCCCCCUUGGUCUGAGCGAUGUCCCCGAUACGUCCUUCAUGUGCAGCUGGAGAGACGCCUUGACCCUGCCAGAGUCCCUGCCCCAGAACUCCGAGAAUGGGGCGCCACACUUGGCCAAAGGCCUGCUCUGGGAGCCGGACACCCCUGGACCCCUUCCCUUGCUGCCUCCUGGUCCAGAUCCCUGGGACCCUGGCCUGACUGCCCAGGACCUGCUUUUCCGGGGAGGUCCCAAGUUCCGGAGACAGCCCCAGGCUGUGCUAGACGUUACUGAACAGGUGAGUGGCCCCGCAGUGGACAGUGCUGUGUGGCUGGAGCUGUGCCUAAUGGCCCGGUGUCCUCUCCUCCCGCAGUUCAGCCGGUUCCUGUGGGACCAUGGUGACAUAGCCUUUUCCUCCUUGGGGAAACUGAUGCUGGAGAAUUUCAACCUGGAGGGACCACGGAGCUACUCUAAGAAGAAGACAGUGGUCAGUGUGAAGAGGAUACUCGAGGACCUCGGUGGACACCAGCCCUGGGGGUGUCCCUGGGCCUACUUCAGCCACCGACAGCGCCGCUUCUCCAUCCUCGGGGACCCAAUCCUGGGCAAGUCAGUGUCGAGCCUCCUGGGAGAACUGCUCUAUGAGGAGCUGGCGACGCGGUGGGAGCAGCUGCUCCUAGACGAUGCUUUCACUGGAGGUGCAUUGGCCUGGCUGCCCGGAAGGACCCCCCAGGUCAGGCAGCUGGUCUACCCUGCAGGAGGUGCCCUGGACAAGCUGUACUUCCAGGAGGUCCGUCUGACCCCAGGCAGUGACCCUCGGAUCCUUGGGAAACCUGGCCACAUUCAGCUCCGGGGACCUGUCCGUCAGGUGGUGACCUGCACCGUGCAGGGAGAAUGUAAGACCGUUAACUACUUCCCUCCCCUGCUGCCUGAGCCUGACCCUGACCCUGACCUUCACCUUCUCCACCCCUCCUCAGCUUUGUUGGCUGUCCGUUCUGAUUACCACUGUGCCCUGUGGAAGGUCAGCAGGCAGGGGCGGCCAGUCCCCCUCCAGGUGCUAAAGGUUGAGAAGGGGGCCACGGGGAUCAACCUCAGCCCUCACCUGCCCGGGGAGUUGGUCGUCUGCAGCCGUUCGGGAGCCGUCUGUCUGUGGACACCCCACGACGGGCUUCGGCAAAUCUACAAGGAUCCUGAGACCCUCGUGUUUCGGGACCCGUCUCCUUGGCGUUGGGCAGACUUCACCGCCCACCCUCGGGUCCUAACUGUGGGUGACCGCACUGGAGUGAAGAUUAUCGACACUCAGGGCCCGCCCGGCUGUGGUUUGCUGCUUUUCCGUGUGGGUGCAGAAGCAUCAUGCCAGAAAGGGGAACGUGUCCUGCUGACCCAGUACCUGGGGGAGUGCGGCCCCGAUUCUCUGCAGCCCACACUCCAUCUCAUUUGUACCCAGUUCUCACUCUACCUCAUGGAUGAACGCCUCCCCUUGGUGCCCAUGCUGAAGUGGGACCACAACCUCCCCUCGGCCCCCCUGCUGGCCCAGCUGCUGCCUCCACCCCGCCCUGGCUGCGCCCGGCCGCUGCUCCUCGGAGGCCAGGGCGGGCAGCUGCAGCUGCUGCACAUCACAGGGGAGGGGGCCUCCACGCCCCGGCUGGCAGGGCACCCCCAGUCUCUCCCUUCCAGGAGCGACUCCCUCUCCGCAUUCCCCCUGCUGGAGCCCAGGAGUCACUGGCAGCUGCAGGAACGUCUCCAAGCGCCAACCAUAGGUCUGGCUGCCACCAUCCUACCCUCUUCCUCCUCACCAGUCCUGUCGCUCUUCCAACUCUCCACGGCUGGAGAUGUCUUCCACCAGUGCCUCCACCUCCGGGAAGACCUCGGGCCUCCCAGUGACCCCAGGCCCAACUGCUGUGCCCCCACGGCUUCCUGGAGCCCCCAGGCCACUGCUUGCUGUCGCCGGUGGCUAAAGGCCCUGCUGAAGGUGCCACCGGCUCCGCCUGUGUGGGCCGCACCCACCUUCUCCCACCGCCAUCUGCUGGGCUUCAAGGAGCAGCAGAAGGUUGAAGGGAAAGUGCCAGAAGGUCUCCGAGCGGCCAUGGCCCAAGGGCGGCUACUGCAGCAGAGGGACCUGGGCUCGCUUCCCACCACAGAGCCACCGCCGGGCCCUACGCCGGGCCCCACGGAUGAACUCAGUGAGCGAUUGGAGGCAGCCUGGGAAGGCCCGGUGACUGCCUGGUGGGAGCAGCAGCGGGACCGGACCUCCAGGCCCGGGAGGCAGCUGAAGCGGCCCAAGCGUCGAACGCAGCUGUCCAAUACCUUCUCCUCGCUCAGCAGCCGCCUGGACCUCUCAGGUGCCACCAGCGCCCCUCAUAGCCCAGACUGGACAUCCCCUGUGUCGAGGCCUCGGUCCCCAGUGGCCUUGCCCUCCCAGGAGUUGACCCAGGAUCUGUGGGCCCAGGGCAUUCCCUCAGAGCGGCAGCAGACCCUUCGGGACUAUAUGGCCAAGCUACCUCUUCAAGGGAACACUCCAGAAGGUUCCUCCACGUCUCUCUCCCAGAUUUCCAGUACCCAGGCCACCCCCUCCACACAGCGGACCCUCCGGGACUGCGCAGCUGAGCUGUCAUCCCACAGGGACACCCCAGGAGGUGCCACACUGCCCUCCUCCCAGACCUCCAGCAUCUGGGCCACCCCCUCCAGGCAGCAGGUGCGCAUCCUCUCUGGCUCUCAGCCACACCGGAAGAAGCCGCGCAUGGGCUUCUGAAGGACGAGAAGCUGCACCCCACCUCUGGGGAGCCCCUGGUCCCCGACCAGCUGUGCCUUCUGUGACUGAAACUUCGGGAAUGGAGAGGGAACAGUCUCAAAGUGCAGUCCUGCUUCCUGACUGCCACUGUGAUGGGAGACAUCCAAACAUGAUUUGGAGCCAAGUAGGAGGAAUGGGAACAACAAAACCAUAGUUUCUCCUUUUCCUGGGGGUACUUCCAGAGCCGGCUUGAUGGCCCCAGUGGUCCUGUCCUGAGGAUCUGUCAUCAGGAGGCAGCUAUGCGCUUGACACAGGGACUCCAGUCAGGCCCAGGGUUCUGCCUCAUGCAGGCUGUGUCCUGUGUUCCCUAGUCAGCUCCUCGCCAUGGUCGGGACAGUGAAACGAGACACAGGAGCUGCUGGUGCCUGGUCAGUGGGUGUGGGAAGCUGCUGUGGCCUCGGUUGUGUGUGCCACGCAGUUCCUCCCAGGAGCUGAUGUUUUGUAAGGGAGACACUUAGGACCCAUCUUUAGGGAUUGAAUAAACUUGUCACCUGAG